AUGGAAGUCUCUACUUCUCUCCGUGUCUCCCCAAGUAUCCAUCUCUCCACCCACCUGGUGACAAUCCCGGAACAGGAGUCCUCGCCGCGCCGCGCUUCGUGCGUGCUGCCAGGCGGGGCUCCUGGCAAUGUGCCCUUGCUAUCUGGGGCGUCAGAGGAAGUAGCUUCGGUUUUCCGAGGGCCGGGGCUGCCCUACGUCAGUGGCCGCACUCGUUUUCCGCCCUUCGGGAUGCAAGGUCGGGACAAGCUCAACUCUUUGCUCGCGGGCGCUUUCCAGUCUUGCCCAACCUGGGAUUUCUGCCGCUUGCCCCAGCCCGGGGGUUGCCCCGCAGUGGUUCCCUCCCAGCCCUGGAGUCAUAAGUCCCUUGUCUUCCCUUCUCCCUACCCGGCUUCUGUGACGACUCCGGACCCACCCGCACCCACAGGGUGCUCAACGUGUGUUCCGCCCUCUCUGCCCGAGUAUAAGGAGCCUAGCAAAGCCACAGGGGAAAUCAGAAACGUCCAAAUAGACCCCUUGACAGCUGGAGAUGUGUUGCUGGCUGAGCCAGCCCUUACUGAUGGGAUGGGAGGGAUGGAGAUCGUAGCCUGGCUUCUCUUCCUUUGCUUGCCCGCCUGCUUCUCCCGUCACCCACACUGGCAGCCUUCAGAAACUGCCCAUCUUCACCAACGCUGCUACCCUCCCGAGGAGCUGUCCGACGGCCAGCUCCCCCUCCACCUGAUGGGCCAGGGCGCCAGGUCUGCCCGCUCCUUGCCGGCUACACUGGUGUCCAGCCUGGAGGCUAGGAGCCCGGCUGGGGGACAGAGACAUCAUCACCACCAGGGCUCCCGAUGCCCGACCCUCCAGCUUGAAAGCCUGUACGAAGCGGAGCACCAACAGCGAUCUCUCUCACCUUGGAGUUACCGAAUCGACACGGAUGAGAACCGAUAUCCCCAGAAGCUGGCCUUUGCAGAGUGCCUAUGCAAAGGUUGUAUCAACAUGAAAUCAGGUCGGGAGACAUCUUCAUUCAACUCGAUUCUGCUGCAUCAGAGAGUCAUGGUCCUCCGUCGCAGACCUUGUGCUCUGAAGGGAGAUGCUCAGGUGACCCCAGGGGCCUUCACCUUCCACAUAGAAUACAUCAACGUUCCCGUGGGCUGCACUUGUGUCCUGCCCCGCUUCCAAUAA